AGCAGCUUGGAGGCGGGGCUUCGGGGGACCUUCGCACGUCCCGGCGUGGCACCGGCGCCAGCGGGAGGGUCGCCGCCACCGCCGCGGAGCAGCGCGUUUCUGGUCGGCGCCCUGCGCGCACAUGGCGAGCGCGGCGCAAACGCCCCCGCGGGGCGGCGGGAAGCGCAAGGGGAAGGCGCAGUACGUCCCGGCCAAGCGUGCCCGGCGCGGCGACGGCGCGGGCCCGCGGCAGCUGGAGCCCGGGCUGCAGGGCGUGCUCAUUACCUGCAACAUGAACGAGCGCAAGUGCGUGGAGGAAGCCUACAGCCUGCUCAACGAGUAUGGCGACGACCUGUAUGGGCCGGAGAAGUUUACAGACCAGGACCAGCCGCCCUCAGGAGGCGAGGGAGAGGACGACGAUGCGGAGGCCGCCUUGAAGAAAGAAGUUGGUGACAUUAAAGCGUCUACGGAGAUGCGGCUGAGAAGGUUCCAGUCAGUGGAGAGCGGCGCGAACAAUGUGGUCUUCAUCAGGACACUGGGGAUAGAACCUGAGAAACUGGUACAUCAUAUUCUCCAGGAUAUGUACAAAACCAAGAAGAAGAAGACCCGGGUUAUUCUACGAAUGUUACCCAUCUCAGGCACAUGCAAGGCUUUCUUAGAAGAUAUGAAAAAAUAUGCAGAAACUUUUUUGGAACCCUGGUUUAAAGCUCCAAAUAAAGGGACAUUUCAGAUUGUAUAUAAAGCUCGAAAUAACAGUCAUGUGAAUAGAGAAGAAGUUAUCAAAGAAUUGGCAGGAAUAGUGGGAAGCCUCAACUCGGAAAACAAAGUGGAUCUUACCAACCCGCAGUACACAGUGGUAGUGGAAAUCAUCAAGGCUGUGUGCUGCCUGAGUGUUGUGAAAGAUUACGUGUUGUUCAGGAAGUAUAAUCUCCAGGAGGUGGCCAAGAGCGCUCAGGACCCACGGCCGCUCGACCCCAAGCAGGCAGUCCAAGCAGGAAAUGGGGAAGAAGCUAAAUUGGAAGCUGGUGACAGAUCAAAUCAAAAUGACCCAGCAGACGGAAAAAAUAGCCAGCAGGCACCGGAGAAUAGUGAGGAGCAGGGGCUGGCAAAACCGGUAUCUGAGACACAGGUGGCACACGAGGAAGGAGCUAAACCUGAACUUGCAAGUCAAGUCACAGAAGGAUCUGAGUCAAAUGAAAAUGACCUCUUAUAGGGAAAAAAGUCUUUUGAUGUUGGAGUGCAAGACUCUGGGACUUGGAAUUAAAUGGCCAUUCCUGCACCUGUGGAGCUGGGUUCCUUUCAUUUUGUGAAAGCUGCUGCUACAGGAAGAUUCGGGUGUAGUCGUUUGUUUCACUCCCCACUGUGUUUGUUUACGUUCAGGAGACCUGGGUGACCAGAGCUGACCUCCCAGCUGUAAAGGGCUGUGUUCUGUUGGAAUCUUUGCGUUCAUCCAGUAAAAGACUCGUUUUCAAGGUUACCAACUUUAUUUUCACUGACGUGAGCAUGUUAUUCUAUAAGUGACGAGGUUCCAGGUUAGAACUGAAUGCUUUCUUUAAAUUUUUCUUUUUAAAAAAUUAUGUCAGUUUUAAAAAGUACACAGCAGUGUUGUGGUCCAGUAAACUUGUUUUGCUCUAUGGAGAAACAAGCAUUAAACUUGCUACUUUCAAACAUGUUUCUCUAAACUUAAACAUGAUUUCUGAAUGUUAUUCUUGUAUUGCUUUUGGUUUUACUUGUACUGAUUUUGGUACAGCCAAAUAUCAAGCUUGUUUUUUUUAUAGUUCCUGAUAUUUUUAGAAAAAAUCAAAAUAAAAUUGUUCCAUAAAGA